CUCGACGUCGACCAUAGCGGCGACGAUCCAGCUGACGUCGUCGAAGGUCACCGACCUACACGAUAUUGUCUUCAGACUCAGUGGUGAAGAUUGAAUUCUCAUCGUUAUUGGCGACACGAAGAUGACGCACACACGUCCGCCUGCGCUCUUCAGCGUGGCACGCAUUGCAGCGCUUCUGACAGCGUUGCUAGUAUCGCUGGGAUCGGGGACAAAUUAUGUAUUCUCAGCCUACGGCCCACAACUUUCGGCAAGAUUGCACCUAUCGCAUACGCAGAUGAAUGUAGUGGGGUUGUCGGGAAAUGUCGGCGUAUACGGCACAGCGCCGUUCUGGGGCUGGAUUGUUGACCAUCGCGGACCAAGAUCACUACUCGCCCUGGCAUUCGUAGCAUUGCUAGCGGGAUACUCUGGAAUCCGCCAUUUCUACGAUGCAGGCCUACCAAACGGCGCGACGGACAUCUCUACGCUUUCUUUCGUUGCGCUCGUUUUGUGCGGAUUCUUGACCGGCAUAGGGGGCAACGGUGGCCUAACGAGUGCUAUUAAUUCUUCAGCAAAGAGCUUUCCUGACCGGCUACGAGCGACGGUUGUCGGUCUUGUCAUUUCUGGCUUCGGGCUCUCCGCAUUCCUCUUCUCGACAAUUGCACACGUUAUCUACCCAGGAGACACCUCUGAGUUUCUGCUCGUGCUCGCCAUUGGAACUUCCCUCCCUAUGAUCCUCGGCUUCUUCUUUGUGCGCCCGAUACCCCUCCCGCACAGCGAGUACGCGCGACUUGACGAGGCUCCUGUGAUUGUGGAUGACGAGGACGAGUUCUCGUCUGCCUCGCCUGUAGUCUUCCGAAGGGAGAACAAUAGCCAAACGCACCUGCUCGGCCGCGACGAAGACGGCUUCCUGGAGGAGGAACACCUCAAUGCAUCGUUUGAGCGGAGGCCCGAGCGGGAGGGGACAGAUUAUAUUGUGCCGCCGUCGCGUGGAGCGCUGGCGUUAAGCCCGACGCGGACGGAAAGCAGCCGGCACCGCACACAGGGCUCGUUUUCGGGGUCGCGUCCUAGGGUCGACUAUGGCGACGACAAGCUGUUAGGCGAUACGCCAAACAUCCGCGGCACGGCGCUCGCGUCGUCGGGGAACUUCUGGCUGCUGUUUGCCAUGUGUUCGCUUCUGAGCGGCACGGGCCUGAUGUAUAUCAACAAUGUCGGUUCGAUCUCGCAGGCGCUGUUCGCGAAAGGUAACCCUGACUUUGACGACCGUAAAGCGGCGCAGUGGCAGGCAACGCAAGUGUCGAUGGUCAGUAUCACAAACUGUCUCGGACGCAUCCUCAUUGGUAUGAUCGCCGACUCAACAAAGAACCAUCUCCGGCUGCCACGCUCGCUCUGCAUCUGCCUCGUCGCGGCGGCGUUCAUCGUCUCGCAGGUUACUGUAUACGCCGUUGACGAUGUGCGGGACCUUUGGAAGGGCAGCGCUCUCCUAGGCCUUGCGUAUGGCGGGCUGUUCGGACUGUUCCCGACGAUUACGAUUGAGUGGUUUGGACUGCCACACUUCUCAGAGAACUGGGGCUUCGUCUCGCUCGCGCCCAUGUUCGGCGGGAACGUCUUCUCGAUCAUGUUUGGCCGCAACCUCGAUGCACACGCGCCGUCAGAAUCCGUCGCGAAUGCUAUGACCUCCGUGUUCAACGCCUCUGCACCGUUGCUCUCUGUGCGUGCGGGCACCGGCGCGCCCAGCGAUUCGAGCCACCAGUGUCUGCAGGGCCGUGAAUGCUAUGUGGGAAGCCUGCUGAUGACGAUCGCCGCAUGCACGCUCGCGCUUGCACUCAGUGUGUACGCCGGCUGGCGAGACUGGCACAGCAGCCGGCGAAGAGAGGGCUUCCUGAAGGCGAGGCAUGUGCACGUACACGCAAGUGAGGUCGUUUGGGAUGAAACGGAGGACUCUUAGAUGGCGUGGAGACCAGAUGCGGACGGAUAGUGUAUCAUAUAGAUAUUUUGGAUAUGAUGCACAGGAUUAUCGCAUAGAGUAGACAGUAGUCUACAAAAUAUUGGAUUGGGUUUGGC